UUCCCUCACAUUCACAGGAAAAACUCCCCUAAAAAACCCCUUUAACAGGGAGAAAAAAGGAAGAAACCUCUGGGAGAACGACAGAGGAGGGAUCCUUCUCCCAGGAUGGACAGAAUGCAAUAGAUGUCAUGUGUACAGAAUGAGCAGCAUAACAGAGAUACAACACAUUCAAUGUAUAUGACAUAAAUGAUUCAUAUAAUAAGACUACUUAUAAUAACAGCAGCAAUUAUUACAGUAGAAUUAUAGCCAUGAAAAUAGUGAUAGUAAUGUGACUAAUAAUAAUAAUGGAAGUAGCAGUGGGUGUCAGUCGGCUCACAGCAGGAGGCACGACUACGGUCCAGGUACCACAACGAUUCAUGGAAACCUGCAGAACGAGAAAGCAAAAAGGGCUUCAGGGUGGAAGUAAAGCUAAAAAUGCUUAAUGGUACAGGUAAUAGUAAUAGUAAUGUGACUAGUAAUAAUAAUGGUGGUAGCAGUCGGUGUCAGCAGGGCCGUAGCAGGAUGCACAUCCACGGUCCAGGUACAGCCACGAUUUAUAGAAGCCUGCGAAGCGAGAAAGCACAAAGACUCCAGGGUAGAAGCAAGUCAAUAAGCGUAAUAGUAGAGGCAAUAAUAAUAGUAAUGUGACUAAUAAUGAUAGUGGUAGUAGUAGUGGGUGUCAGCAGGGCCUCAGCAGGUGGCACGAUGACAGUCCAAAUAUAACCCCGAUUCCUGGGAACCUGCGAGGCGAGAAAGCACAAGAACUCCGGGGAAGAAGCAAAAUCAGUAAUGUGCAUAAAUAGGAGAUUAAUACAUAAAGAGGGAGUGAGGGAAGAGGAGAGAGGAGCUCAGCGUAUCCUAGGUAGUCCCCCGGCUGUCUAGGCAUAUAGCAGCAUAUCUAGGGGCUGGACCAAGGCGAACCUGAACCAGCCCUAACUAUAAGCGCUAUCAAAAAGGAAGGUCUUAAGCCUGCUCUUGAAAGUGGUGAGUGUGUCUGCCCCCCGGACUGAAACUGGAACCUGGUUCCACAGAAGAGGAGCCUGAUAACUGAAGGCUCUGGCUCCCAUCCUACUUUUAUAUACUCUAGGAACCACAAGUAACCCUGCAUUGAUUGAGCGCAGCUCAACGUCAAGUGAAUAUCAUAAUUUAUGUCCCCUCAAUGAGAAAGUCAUACCAGGGUCACUGUUAUUUUUUCUGACCCAACUUCUUCUUUUUCAAGUCAUGCUGAACAGGAAACACGCCCAACCAUUUCACAUCAAUGUUUAGAUGUAAUACACAUCGGCAGAGCACAACAGAGCCUUGCAACCUCUUCUGGGCGGUUUAACUCCAGAACUUUGUACUAUGUAAGCUACCAGAUGUGAUAGACACAGCUGAAACAAGAUGUUGGUUGACCUCAGAAUGUAUUCCUUUGAUCAGAUGAAGCUGAUGGACCUGAUUGAUCUUACUCUCCUAUUGAUCCUGGCGUCUAAUGCAAAAGGUGAAAGCUGGAAUAUUAGUGUUGAAAGACAGAUCACUCUGACCUUGGGUUCAAACGUUUCCAUACAAUGUAUGUUUACCGUUCCGGAUGAACGCCGCACUAAAAGUGUUGAAGUUUACUGGAAAAAGAAUGAGAGAAGCAACUUUAAUACCUUUGACAACGACCACAAUGCAUUUGUAUUUCACCCGAAUAACACGUAUGUGUUGGAGAAGUACAGAGGAAAGACCGAGCUCAUUGGAAAUAAAAGCGAAGGAAACUGCUCCCUCAAGAUCUUUAACGUCAUGGAUAAUGUUCAAAACAUCUAUGUGAGAGUUAUCGCAAAGGGGGACAACUACAGUUUUAAGGCGCAUUCUGUCUCCAUUGAUGUGCUUGGUCCUGGUGUUUCACCAGGCACUCGUCAACCAGAUAUCAUAACUAUAAGGCCCACCUUUAAAACAACAACAAUGGAUCCAACAAUGAAUACGACCCAGGGGGCUACACCACUAAGGCAAAUGGCCAUUGCUGGACCGGUUGUUGCAAUUCUGAUCAUCAUUUUUGUUAUUGGAAUAGUCUUUGCCAUCAAACACAAAAGGUCAGAAUCUUUUACCAGGGAAGGUUCUGGAUAUUAUGCAAAUUUUAGCAGAGCUAACAAAUUGAAAAGAGAAGCACCUUGCAAAGAGCCAGAGAACAAUAAACUUUCUGAAUUGAAGGCCAUUGAUGAACCUGUCUACAUCAACAUUGAGGCCUCUCCAGGUCAGAUGGAUCAAAGUACGGAUCACACAGACAGUAUAUAUGCAAAUGUGGAUUAUUCAAAAUUGUAGAAAAGCUGCUACUCACAAAUCCAUUUGGAACUUCCCUUUAAACGUUAUUUCCGUAUCCUGCAUACGUGAACAUGGUUUUGCUAUCACGAGUAGGAAAGGACUCACAGCCUCCUCCAAAGGAUUUGAUGAGAUAAAGACUGCAUGUCAUUAAUACAAACAAAAAAAGCAGAGUUACAGUUGGUCUUCUGUUUUUCCUGGCUCAUGGUUGCAGAAAAUGAGGCGCAAAACUACAAAGGCAAUGCAGCUGUGUCAUAUGCAGUUGUUUGGUGUCUCUUUCAGUCUGGGUUUACUAUAUGAAGGAGAGA